ACACAGUCAACAACCAAAGCAUCCGAGAGUACUACAGAUACACCAAUUUCACCGAAAUCUCCUUAAGAUCGUUGUUGUAAACCUUUAUUUUAUUUUAUUUUAUUUUACGUCCUAUGUGUGUUUACGCGCCGACCAGGUUGGUUUGCGGCUCCACAUCGCCUCCAUACAUCGCUUCCACAGUGCGGAUGAAGAAGAUUUUGUGAAAUUACCCAUUACAGAUUAUUCUUGUGUGUAAUAUAUUUCUGUCCGGGGUCCUGGAUUUACACAGAGGAGGAGCGGGGAGCCGAUCAUCCGUCGUUCUCUUGGUACCAGGGAGCACGUGACCCCGGAGAUGAACAAGCUUCGUCAGAGCCUGAGGAGGAAGAAGCCCACCUACGUGCCAGAGGCCAGCAGACCGCAUCAGUGGCAGGCAGACGAGGAGGCUGUACGAAAGGGCAAAUGCAACUUCCCUGUUCGGUACCUGGGGUUGGUCGAGGUGGAGGAGUCGAGAGGGAUGCACGUAUGCGAGGAGGCAGUGAAGAAGCUUAAAGUUAGUGGGAAAAAGACAGUCAAGGCAGUAUUGUGGGUUUCAGCUGAUGGACUCAGGGUGGUGGAUGACAAAACUAAGGACCUCAUUGUGGACCAGACCAUAGAGAAGGUUUCAUUCUGCGCUCCUGAUCGUAACUAUGACAAGGCCUUCUCCUACAUCUGCCGAGACGGUACUACCAGACGGUGGAUGUGCCACUGCUUCAUGGCUCUCAAAGACUCGGGGGAGAGACUAAGCCAUGCAGUUGGCUGUGCCUUCGCUGCCUGUCUGGAGAGGAAGCAGCGCAGGGAGAAGGAGUGUGGCGUGACGGCUUCCUUUGACGCCAGUCGCACCUCGUUUGUGCGUGAGGGCUCCUUCCGGUCCAACCCUUCUUGCCAGCAGAGCAGCAGCAGCGAGAGAGAUGACAAGCUGCAGGACAAGAAGAAAGACCAACCUUCUGCCAUCCCAGCUCUCCCACCUGGCACCGCCUCCCCACCCGAGGGUGCGGCGUCCCCCAUGGAGCGACCAGAGCCUGGCGGGCCUCACGCCAUCCCCCGUCGCCACGCGCCCAUCGAGCAGCUGGUGCGUCAGGGCUCGUUCCGGGGAUUCCCAGCCCUCAGCCAGAAGAACUCUCCCUUCAAGAGGCAGCUGUCGCUCCGCCUCAACGACCUGCCAUCCACACUGCAACGCAAGACCGACUUUCAGGACAAGAACCCUGUACCAGAGAUGGAUAUGGGGUUGCCAGGGGAGGGAGACUGUAGUAUUAACGCCCUGUGUAGCCAGAUCAACACUUCCUUCACCAAUCCAUCGGAUGAGCUCUUCUCAAACCCGUCUUUGCCUGCGAAUGGCCCUCCAACCUGCACUGUGCCCCCAGCCCUGCCUCCACCACCUGGACCAAUUCAGGGUACUUCUUCCUGGGUGCAGCCAGAGCCUCCACUCCACUCUCCUCCUCCGGUUUCUGUGGCGAUGCAAAUGCAGAUGCAGAGUGGACACAGGCGCACACCCUCUGAGGCUGAGAGAUGGCUGGAGGAAGUCUCCAAGGCUGUAAAGGCUCAGCAGACCCCUCCACCAGGCCCCACCAUCCCCACUAUCCCUGGACCACCCUCUAUGUCGAGUCAGCAGAUGUCCAGUCAGGCAGUCAUAUCAGCUGCCCCAGUGUCCACUGUCCCAAUGUCCCUUGGCACCAUGUCCAAACCUCUCCUCUCGGGCCCCUCUGCUCUCUCAGGUCAGGCGCCGAUGCCCCUCCCGCCCAUGUCAAUAUCAUCAGUUCCUCUAAUACCAGGUCCUCCAGUGUCAGGCCCCCCGAUGUCUCUACCCUCCAUGUCCAUUCCCACGAUGUCCGGUCCAAGCAUGUCUGGGGCCCCAAUGAUCCAGCCCUCCCUCCCUGGGCCCCCAUGCUCACUUCCAAGCUCCAUGCAACCCUUUCCCUUGGCUUUUGAUACCACCCCAGCUCCUGUGGGAAUGUUCGCCAGCCAGCCUGUCCAACCAGCAUUCGUGCCCAUGCAGACCUACAUGCCAGGCCUGGCCAGCAGUAUGACAUAUCCCAAUGCCAGUGUGCCUGUGGUAGGCAUCACACCAUCGCAAAUGGUGGCUAACGUCUUCUGCACUGCUACAGGCUCAUCUGGUGCAGGUGGAGCCAUGGGCUCGGCCGUAGGGGGACCAAAAGUGGGGCCACUUGGAACAGCUGGGCAGCACCAUUCUUACCCAGGCGUACCCAGUGCAGUCGGGCACACUGGAGGAUUUUCCACACCGCCAUUCUCUCCCACUCCGCCAUUAUCGACAGCCAUUAACGGCCUCCCACCGCACAGCAGCGCCACGAUGGCCCUCCAGAAUGGGACCUCCAGCAGUGGCGGGAAUGGUGGCAGCAGUAGCAGCUGGCCGCCAGAGGGCAGCCAGCUAACAGCUCCGGCAGCCAGCGACUCCCAAGACGAUGAUCGUUUUGAGGCUAAGUGGGCGGCACUGGAGGCCAAACCAUCGCCUCAGCAGCCUGGAAAUAAGACACCAGCUGCAGCAGCCAACCCGUUUUCCAACAAUCUUCAAAAGACUUUUGAGAUUGAGCUUUAAGCCUGAGUUGGCCUCCCAAAGCUGUAGCUCUAGCCCUGAAGUUCAAGUGAGAAAUGUGGGCUUAGGACAGGAUGCAGGUCCUCAAAGUUAGCCUAGCAUCUGACCUGUGGCAGCCUAGCAACUUGCUAAAAGCUCUCAUAUGAGUUGAUGUUAUAAUGAUCUUAAUUGCUUUCUUCACACUCCAAUGAGAGCUUUGGAGGAAGCUUACAAGUUGCUGGGCUGCCAUCGAAUGAUCAGGUCUCUAGCUCACUAGACUUGUUGGACUGAAUCCUUCCACUCCACCCGCUACCCACCUUUCUUCCCUGCUUUCACUUCUCCACUCUUGCUUUUCUUUACUUGGUGCAAGUCCCUGGAUGUACUGUAUGUGUCUCCCUGAGGACAUUGUAGGGGGGGCACAGCCCAGUGGUUUCUUUCUUUAAAAGGGGACUCCACUCAGAUGCAUUCCAAACCCAUGAGAUGUUUUUGUUUUUUUCCCUGGUGGAGGAUUUCGGUGGAGAAUAUAGCAGAUAUGGCAACAUCACAAGACGUGCAGAGAAGCAGAAGAGCAAUUUGUGGACUGAUGAUCAGACUGAUGCUGAUCUUAGCCAAGCACAGCGAAAGUUUGGAUACCUGAAAGGACUAGCCAAUGAUGAAAGACCCGACCCUACCAACCCAAAAGGACUUACUGACUAAUAGUAGAGAUUUAUGGCCAAAUUAUUUUAUUUAUUGUACUGCAUUUUUAUUUUAACAAGUUAUAUAUACGUAAAAAUCAAAUUUCUAAAGCAGUGUUUCAGGAGCGUGUUGUUUUCAUCCCCUAUAUUUAUUUUUGUUGAACCGUAAAGAGGAGGGAAACUACAGGUAGCAGAUAGGUAACGUCAGCAGUAGAGGGGAAAGUGUUGUGGGAAACCGAGUCGUGUAGCAGGAUAUAGCCUGGGCUGACAGUAAAGCAGUGUGUUGUGCAACAUGUGAGACAGUAAGUGUAUAUAGCAGCAUGUUUCUUCCACCUGUUAGUCCUCACAUAUAUACGCUCCACUGCUGGUGAGGCCAGUCGAGUCGAUACGGCUUCACCUCGGCUCUGUAGCCCGUUUCUGUUGCUAAAGCCUAUUUUCAAAGGUUACCAGGAUACGAGAAAUCACUUCAGGAUAUCCAGCACACAGACACUCUGGAUAAUACAGCACAGCAAGGACUUCAUCUUCCCCAGACAAACCCAAGGAACUUUAACAACUCAGUGGAAACAAAAAACACUCAACACUGUGCAACUAAAAAAAAAAGAUGAUGCACUACAUUCCAGCACUCAUAAUCCUUUUAUGUGUUCAAACACAGGGUAUAGUCUCAUCUCGUACAGUAUGAUUGUGUAUUCACCUCUAUUGUGCUACUGCGUCAGUAGUGCUACACUCAUUUCAGAUUUUGGGAUUAAUGAUAAGAGGUGAAAAGAGGAGAGGAACAUGAGCAGAUGUAAACCGAGGCGUGGCAAAUGAACGAACCGAGAGAAAUAAAGGAUAUACUUCGGAUGCAGAACUGUUAAGAACACUUGAUUGACAGAUUUACAGGGAGAGGAAAUAUAGAGCAGCAGAUAGAUUGCCAAAGGAAAGAAGGAAGGAUAACAUGUAUGUGAGAGACUGAAGGAGAGAAUGGAGUCAUACCUUUAAAAAAAUGAGACGGAGGAAGUCUGAAGAAAGGAAAAUAAGAUUAGAGGAGGAGGAGACAGAGUGUGUGAAAAUAUCGAGAACAAAGACACAUUCAUCAUGAAUCCCACAACCCGAGGACUGCCUGCCGUUUUUACAUCUUUUUUUAUCCCGAGGCCAAGCCACUUCCAUUUCAGCGUCAUGUUCCUCGGCUCCUAACGCCUCACAAACAACACUUUUGAUCAUAUUCUUUAAAAGAUGUUGCUUACUAUAUUAUUGAAGUCUCAAAAUGAUGUGCAACUCCCUAUAUAGUCAAAGCUUCAGCAAUGUCAAGACAGCUUUCUGUGUGUUAACUUGCAGUUUGCGUCAUAAAAGCUUGAAGCAGACGCAGCAUUACCGAGCAGAGACGUUCUUUAUCGAAGGGCUUUUCCAUGUGACAUAUAGGCCUAGCGAACAGGUGGUUUCUGUAUGUUAUAUAAAAACUGUAAUCUGACCAGAGACACUCCUGUUAUGUUCCUUGGGAAUUUAAUUGUAUGGAUUUGGACUGCCACUGAUUAGGUUUCCUGCUCAUUAACUCCCUACAGUUUAAUUAGCUCAUUAGGUCUCUUCCUGUGGCAGCCAUCCCGCCUGAUAGGCUGCCUUCUCAGAGAUCUUAAAUUUAUGUUCCACCGGCCUAAUUUAUACCAUCUCGGGUCCUCCCCGCAUUAUUGUCUUUUGUUUUUCAGACGAAUCGAUAUUUCUUCCCCACCAAAAACAAAUCCAAAUUGCUCUCUCUUUGCCCUCCUCUCUCUACAAGACCAGACUGGUUCACACAUAAAAAUCAGUGCUUUUAUUUCAUUGAAAAUAUAUUUUAGCCCUCGACUCUUGUUUGCACGCCCUCCAAAAUUAUAAAUGUAGGUUAAUUGUAUUUCCGCGUUAAAGCAAACUAAAUGACCUCAUAAACUUGAUUGUAAAACCAUAGUUUAGUGAUGGUAACAAAGCAAACCAGUGGAAUUUAUUUUUAAUCUUUAUUUACAGAAUUUUUGUAUUUAAACCUACAUAUUUGUAUUGUAAUUACAUUGUACAAAAGAUAAAUAAAGUAAUAUAAUAU